AUGAAACAGAAAAUGAUUCUGAAUCUUGUGAUUGUUAUACAAAUGGCUGAGAAUACUUUGUUCAUAAUUGACUGUAUUUACUCGAUAAUUUAUUAACAUUACGAAGUAGUUCAAUUAUAAUAUGAAAGUAUGUUGCCAUGGGAACCUUAUGUGUAUUAAUGAUCAUAUUUUUGCUUUUCUUAUUAGGAAAUACUAAAAGUAAUAUUUGUGAUUGUUAAAUGUAGUGACUAUAUUUAACAAUGAGAAUCUAAUUGUUUAAAAUACAUGUAUAAAUUGUGAAAGUGUAGUCAAUGAUUUCAAAUGCAAAAAUUGUAAAAUUUGUAUGAAUUGCAUUGGUAAAUUUCACUCAAAUUACUUGAAUAAAUGUUUAGAUAAAAAUUAGUUAUAGUAUUGAAUACUAAAUAAUAAAAAGAUAUAUUUUCAAGAACAUAUCGUUACUGAUACUUAAAUGUUUAUUGUGUAUGUUUGUAAGAACAUUUGCCAUAAUUUCAUAUUUGAGAGAUGACACAAAUCUAUUUAUUGUAAUGAAUUUUCAAUAUAAGGUGUUCUAUAUAAGUUUAUCUGGUGGUGUAUUAUUAGAUUUAACUGUUUCUAUAUUUCUAAUAGUAAUUCACCUAUAAUUAUCAAAAGAAUAAUAGAAAAUUUCAAAUUUCGAUAAAAAAAGUGAGGAUGCUACUGAUAUUAAAGUUCAAUCAAUAAUAUUGAGUAAUGGUAGUCCUAAAUUGAAUAAGUAAAUGAAAAUAUUGGAAUUCUUGGAAAAGAAAUUAAGUCAUAGAAAUAAUUUUGUUAAUGGAAGAAAAAUAUAUGAAACUGAACCUAUGCCUAUAAUGUUUGAAGAAAAUGAAGAAAACUUAGUUCAAUCUUAAAUGUAAUAGCUAAAUAGAUUUGUACCAUAGACAUUGAGUAAUAUAAUUAAAUAAUAAUGAGUUCAUAUCGUAAAAAUUGCUCUAAAUCAGAAAUCUCUGUUAAUGACACUUCCAACAAUAAUAUUGUUCCAGUAUUACAAUAAAUCAAUUCCCUAAAUUCUUAACCUAUCAUGUAAGUUCGAAGACCUAGUGAUAUCAAUAGUUCUCUUACUCCUUUCGACUCUCCAUAUAGUAUUAGAACUUCCAUUAAAUUAGAAUAGGCACUCAUAAUAUGUAGAAAUCACCACUUUGUACAUCAGUAGCAUUAGAUGGUAGAGCAACACCAUUAAAUCUUAUUAAUGAAGAAUCAAGUGUGAAUGAAUAAUCAGAUAAUAAAGUGUUUGAGAGUCUAAUAAAAUAGAAACCACCUCCAAAUAUUCUUAUCAGAGAACCAGUUCAUUGGAGUUAGAUAUUUACACAUCCAGGUACAUUAAAAGAAGAUGAUUUAUUUAAUAAGUUUGGAUUAUAUUUGGGAGAUAAUACUCAUAAACAAGAAAACAUUAUAUAAGAUAUCUAAGUAAAUGUUAAACCAAUUAUAAUUAUUAUUCAAGUAGUCUUAUACUUCUAUUAUUUAUAUUCAUUUCCACUUCUUUUAUAUGGGAUAGCUUAUUCUGAUUAUGAAUUAACAUAUCAGUUACAUACAUAACUUCCAUUAUUAUUUUUAAACUUCAUAUUAUUUAGUUUAAACACUUAAAAAACUGCUUAGUUUAUUGAUUACCUACCAUUGACUACUAUUAUUCCCUUUAUUUGCGCUUUAAUCGAUAUAAAGUAUUCUUAUCUAUCAUCUUAGUCAACAAAUUAUUUUCAUGCAAAUCUUACACAUUGUUACAUUCAUUAAGUUCUAUUAAAUAUUCAAACAAUUACUAAAAAUAUCUAUAUGUUUAAGAAUUUACUCAAUAUAUUUCUUUACUAUAAGAUUAUCAUAAAUUCACUUUUUUUAAAUAAUAUGUGGAUUUCUUAUUGUAAUUACUCAAAUCAAUUUAUAAUAAUUGAAAUUAGAUGAAUUUUAUUAAAAUUAGUGUAGUUUGAUCAAUAUUCUACUUAUAACAAAUAAUCAAUCUUUUCUUAUAUAUCCAAUCAAAAUUAUGGUCAUCAUUUUCAUUAUCUAUUAAUUCACUAUUAUUAGUGAUUACAUUAACUAUUUAUAUAGAAAUUAAACUACUUUGAUUUAAGGAUUAAUAGAACUAUCUAAAAUUAUCCAUUAAUUACCAUUUGAUCUUAAAUAUGAAUGUUUAUCAAUAUCUAAUAAAUAAAUUUUAUCAAGAUUGGAAACAAGAAAUCUUAUAGAUUAUGAUAAACUUCCAAAUCAAUUAUCAAAUAAAUUAUUGAAUGCAUAAUAUUCUAAUCUAUUAAAUAAUAUACCAUUAUUAGAAUAGUGUCUAAGUUAAUCAUCAAUCUCAAAUAUUUUAAUGAAUGCUACAAAAGAAAGAAUAUUAGAACCUAAUGAAAUUCUUAUUGAAGCAAAACAACAAAAUAAAUGUUUAUAUUUUAUUUUAUCUGGAAAAGUUAAAUGUUAUUAACAAAGAGAAAACACAUAAUUCUCAAUAUCUAUUAAUGAAAAUGGAAUAUAUAAUUAAUAAGAUUUCUUUCUAGGAUAAUAAUCUGAAUUUGGUGUUUAAUGUAUAACUUGUUGUAAGAUAUUGGAAAUCAAUUCAGAAUAAUUUUGGAAAGAGGUCAAAAAAAGUAUCACUGAACUUGAAAAAAUUAAGAUGUGUUUAGAUAGAGUUUAAUUCAAUUAGGAAUUUUAAUUAAUUGCUCUUUCUUGUUAAAUUUGCAAAGGAAAUCAUCUAAUUAACAAUUGCAAGAAAGUUCAUUAUGUCCCUUCUAGAUAAAUAUUAAUGGACUUUAUUUAUUUUGAUGAGAUUAACAAAAGAUUAAAGUUUUAAAGAGUAAAUCAUUUUAUUUAAUAUAGAAUAAUCAUACAAGAAAGUUUAGAUGUAUGAAAAAUACCAACAUGAUAGAAUAAAUUGUCUGUAAUGUUAGACAUCUCAUGUUAAUUUCUUCUGAGACUUUCAAACCCCCAAAGACUAUAACUAGUUUAGGAAUGUAAUCUGAAUAAUAACAUACUGAACAUUCUGAUGAAGAUGAACACAAUAAAAUGUCUUAAUAUGUACAAAAUUUGAGUCCUGUUUAAUAUGUACCUUAAGUGGGCAGUAGUGCUAGUUCUUAUGUCUUAAAAGAAGUAAAAUAAGCAUAACAAUUAAAAUCACCUAAAGAUAGUGUUAUGGUGCAUUAAAAAAGAUAUCAAGAAAAGAGAUAAUCUCAUGUUACCAAAAUAGAAAAAGGUAUAUAAUUUUAUUAUGUUAGAUUUAAGUCCAUCAAUAAUAAAAUAUGCUACAAUUUAAGAUAAAAAGAGUUAAAAAUCAAGAUCAAUAAUAAGUGAAGAUCAUGGUAAUGGGAUAUUGCCAGGAUCAGAUCAUAGAUAAUUUUCUAAAUAUGGCAUAUAAUCAUCUAAAUUUACCAAUGAAACAGCAAAACAGUUUUUGAGUAACCCAUUUGAUAUGCCAUUAUAUGAUCUAAAUUAAUCAAUAGAUAAAAAUCAUAGCUAUAGUGAGUAUUAUCCUAGAAAUAAUAUAGACUUGGUAUUUGCUUAUACUAUUAUAAGGCUAUUCUCUCUUAUAAAUAAUAUCAAGACAGUAUAAUAUCAAAUAAGAGUAACUAAAAAACUUGA